AUGGCACAAAUCGACAACCCUAUCAUCGGGCUCACGGAGGAAGAUGUCAGGCGCCUCUACCACCCUCACGACGACGCGCUUGUGGUUAGCAUUUGGAUAGAAGAUUACAACACCCACCGGGUCCUUGUGGAUAAUGGGAGCUCCGCCUACAUCUUCUAUUACCCGGCAUUCCAGCAGAUGAGGCUAGACAGAGAACGGCUAGUUCCUGUUAACGCGCCACUCGUCGGGUUCGGAGGGACAAGGGUACACCCACUAGGAGCCAUCACUUUAUUCGUAAUGGUCGGAGAUUACCUUCAGCAGAUCUCCAAGGAUGUCACUUUCCUAGUUGUUGAUUGUUCAUUUGUGUACGACGCCAUAUUAGGUCAUCCUACUUUGAAUUCAUGGAAGGCCGUAACCUCAACCUACCAUCUCAUGAUUAAGUUUCCUACUAAGUACAGAGUGGGAGAAGUAAGAGGAGAUCAAGUGGUAGCACGCGAAUGGUACAUUGCUAUGUUGGAGAUGGACGACCAUUUGCAGACCAUGUGCAUAGAAGAACAGCGGACGGUAGCAAAACUUGUGGAAGAGCUGAAAGAAGUACUCCUUGAUGAUGCUAGGCCAGAACGGACAACGAGGAUAGGAACCUUGGCCAGCCGGCUUGUGCGACAAGCACUCACGGCAUUCUUGAAGGCAAACCAGGAUGUGUUCGCCUGGAGUCAUGAGGACAUGCUAGGAAUUGAUCCGUCAAUCAUAGUCCACAAGUUGAAUGUCUCACCCUCAUUCUCUCCUAUCCACUUUGUCAAAGAACUAAUUCCAGAGACAGGACUUGAGGGACUCUGGCAAAAAGCCAGUGAUAAAAAUGCAGCAAAGCAUUUUGACUGGAUUAGGAAGCUUUACAACUACAUGACUCCUUAUGUUUCAUCGUUUCCAAGGCAAGCUUAUGUGAAUUAUAGAGAUCAUGAUUUAGGGAUAAACAACCACACAAACUUUGUACAAGCAAGUUCUUGGGGGAACAGAUAUAUCAAGGACAACUUCAACAAAUUGGUAAAAGUGAAGAGAAACGUAGAGAGAAAGUCAAGAAUAACACUUUUUUGGGUUUAG